AUGCUAUACCUUCUCCUCUUCACCUCCCUCCUAGCCCUCCUCACCCAAACCCUUGCCCAAAGCCUCAAUGUCUCCACCAUAGCAGUCCAAAACGGCUCUUCCAUCCUCGAAUGCUGGUCGCUCCAAUCCCCGACCACAGGCGCCGGAGCUUCCAACUACCCCCUCGGCAACUUCACAAACGCCUUCAUCGGCGCAAUACCCCCACACACCUACAUCGGUGCCGCAUGGCCGAAAUCAAUUCACAGGUAUUCGAUGAUUCUUCAAGGCCUAGUGCACAUCUCUCUUCCUUCGAGUAAGGAUGAAAUAUACAUUCAACCUGGUCCUUUGAGUUUACUGCUUGUUAUCGACGAAAGAAAUGUUUCCAUCUCGGGGCAUGUUACUGAUUUUCCUGGUUCGGAGACGACCUUGAUUGCGCAGUUUCCUGUGGAGGGUAAUAAGGUGCCCGUGCAUACUGUGUUGCAUGCUGGGCCUUGUGGGCUGGAUGAUGUAAAGGGGUUGAUCGGAUGA